CAGUAGUAUUAUUAAAAAUAUUGCAAAUUUAAACAAAAUUUUUAAUAUUCAUUGAGUUUUUAUUGUUUAAAAUUUUCUAUUCGUACACAAUUUAUCAAGCGUGUAUCUAACAUUUAUAUAAAGAUAUAACUAUAGAGAAAUUACUGUGCCGGAAGUCGACGAGCGACAUGUUGGUUGUUUCAUAUUAUUCGAAAACGCUUCGAAAGCAGGCGGUUUUUUCUUCGGAGCCAUUGUUGUUUAUACCCGUGUUUUUAAUUUGCACCUUCCUUUAGUUUGUGAAACUAUAAAUAAACAGUCAAUUGUCAUAUGUCGUCAUUACACUGCUUAAAAACGUAAUUAGCUCUUGAAUAAUUCCCCGCGUCUCUAUAGUGCAUCUUCCAAUCCAAUAAGGGACCAAACAUCUCAGAAAGGUUAGGUUGAAGGAAAGGCUGUUUACGUCGAAAAACCACUCAAAAUGAGUAAUCAACAAUCUCCUCCGAAAGCCAUAAAAGAUCUUCAAUUGCCCAUAUCUAGGGUAAAAACUAUUAUGAAAAGUUCUCCACAAGUAGAAGCUAUUGGUCAAGAUUGUCUGUUUUUAGUAGCAAAAGCAACUGAAUUGUUUGUGCAUUAUUUGUCUCAAGAAGCCCAUCAAAAGUCCAAUAAAGCUAAUAAUUUGGAGUACAAACAUUUAGCAGAAGUAGUUCAGACUACUGACACUUUAGAGUUCUUACGAGAGAUAAUGCCAAGAAAAAUAACUGUCAGGCAAUUCAAAGAAAUGAUGGCGGAGAAAGAAAGUUCAUCAGAUUCUGACAGUGAUAGUCAGUCAGACAGUGACUCUAAUUCAGAGAGUGACAAAGUAGAAAAUGGUAAUUCAUCUGAUAGUACACAUGAGAGCAAUGAUAAAAAGAAUGGUAAUGACGAGUCUUCUGAUGAAAGCAGUAGAAGUGAAAGUGAAGAAGAAACUAAAACGUAAUUAAUUUUAAGUAUCAAGAUAUUCAAUGAAAUAAUUAACAAUUUAGGGAAGCUAAACUUCUAAUGUACAAAGUAUACAAUAAACUUUAAGUACUACAAUUUUAUACGGUUUAUAGAACAAAUUUUUGUGUAGAGUGGAAUGUGUCAAAAUGUAUACAGAUAUCUAUUCCAUCUUGCAUGACUGAAUAUGUAAUAAAAUAACAAAAAUCUUUUCAAUUGAAAAAAA